GAUGAACUAUACCAGGUAGUUAAGUUCACUUGUAAAGUUUUUCUUUAAAUUGGUAUUGCAAAAAUAAAAUGCAAACACUAAGUGAUGUCUGCAAUUUACUCAAUGAAACCGUCACUGCAAACAAAUUGUGAAAGAGAAUAUAUAAAAGUAGACACUAGAAGUGCAUUAUGUUCAAGAGAUCUCAAGUCCUUUAAUGAGAUGACAUCAGGACUCAAUACAGCACAUAUUUUGGAACCUUCAUGUGAGUUUGGUUCACCUAAACCAUUGAAGGCUUCUUGGAGGCGAUCUAUAACCGAAAUCUAUCCUUUGAAGUUUGUCAGCAACACUCGUCUCGGAUUACCACCCUUGAACUGCCGGACUUAUGGAUACUUCCUUAGUAGUUAUUGGGCCAAUGAUGACAAAGUACAGAAUGCUCUAAACAUACAAAAGGGAACAAAAAAGAAAUGGCAACGCUGCACCUACAAUAUACUUAACAAAAAACAGAUACACAAGAACCUACUCCAAUAUGAUGACAUUUGCAACUGUCAAGGAUGGAGGGCACACAGCUCCUGAAUACAAGCCUGAAGAAUGCUUGGACAUGUACAGUAGGUGGAUCUCUAACAGGGCAUUGUAGGAAGAAAGAAUAAUUGACAACACAUGCAUAGGAAUAAAUAGUAUAUCCAUUUUCCAUAGCUAUACCAUAAAACAGUUGAAUCAUCUCUGUAUUCUCAAUAUAUGUAUUGUAGAUGCACAUCUGAUCUUAAUAUUUGGUGUGGACUAAAAGAGUAAAUAAAAGAGACUUGAGAUCUCAUUGAA